GAUGUAUGCAUGUUUAAACAAACCAUCUAGCUGCUACUGUCCAAAAGCCCUGAACGUGUGUUACAAACGAGUGUACAAACUGUACAUCAGCAACUGCUGGCUGAUGGUGGCCAAGGAGGAUCUUGAGUCAGCUCACGUUAAGCUGGAGGUGGACGUAGUCAACAGGGCGGGGCUGAAGACAUCCAUCCCCAGAGUGCACGUGGUGAAGGACCUUAUGGUUAUUAAUGGGACAUCAGCAUAUUUUGGACCAGUGAACGUGAAUGUUGAAAAGUUGACUGACACGACGGCCAAUGUGUCGUGGACACACGCCCCCAGCUGCCAUGACCGCACAUUUAUAUCGGUCACAUAUCAGCUCGAUUCAGGCAAGCCAGAGACGAUCAAACUGUACAAAGACGCUACAUUCCAACUCCUCAAGGGCCUUGAACCUGGCAAAAAGUACAAGGUCAUGGUCACAGCAGACUAUGGGGACAUCAAGAGUAAACCUAGAAAUGCCUCUUUUACAAUGGCUUUUUCAGGGGACACCUCAGGUUUAGGUGCUGGAGACAUAGCGGGUAUGGUUGUAGGUAGGUGUAAUGUUUUUCAUUCAUUAGAAGUCUAAGUCCCUAGGAAUAUCGAAUAUCAGUUCAUCCGUUUUGUCGAUAUUAAUAUUGUGACGAGUAGAAUUAUGCCAGGACUAUAAAGUAAAAAAAAGAAGUCUAAAUGAUAUGUCGAGUCAAAAGAUUUCGAGUUUACGAGGUUAACCUGCAUCCUGUUAGUUGUUUUAAGAAAUUACAUUUAGUACUAACUACUAAAUGACUUUAUCGCGCGUAUCAAAACCAUUGGCUAAUUACGUCCGUAACACAAUCACCCCUCGUAACUCAAUCACCCCCGGUCACCACUCUGCACCGUGCCAGGGGAAUAUUCCCGCGCGAGCAUCAUCCCGCCUUUUGUUAGUCCAUCAUUCGCGGACAUUCCUUCUUCAAGUACACACGCGUUCACUGUAUCUAAUCGCUUUCGCUUUGUACGUUUCCUUUGUACCCAGUCGCGACCGUUUUGCCGAUUACGCUUUGAAUACCAUCUAUUCAAACACUCGCCAAAUCGCAUUUACACAAUCGCGACCGUUUCGUCGAUUACGCUUUGAAUACCACCUAUUUCAGCACUCGCCGUAUCGCAUUUAUUCCGUUCUACUCCCGAACUUCAUCCUCGGGACAUUUUUACACUUGUGGAGUACCAACUAACCACCUCGACCUUUCGUGAUGCCUCCCAAGAGAAGAGCAGCCGUCAACCACAAGCUUGUGAGGGGAGCCAAGCAGGCCAGGACAACCAGAAGACAAACCUCGGGAGUACACAUUAUGCAGGAGGCAACAGCUGAUGGUGAGUCUUCCAAUUACGGAAAUAUCCAAGGUGGCAACAGAAUUAACGUGCAAUCGGCGCAGCUUGUAAAUGCCGCGCAGGCUGCCAACUCGGCUACCCAGGUAAACGAGCAACUGGAAAAAAUACUCCAGUUGCUGGAACAUUCAGCGCCCAGCCCGGUUAGCGCAAACCAACAGGUAAGGCUUGGUUUUAGUUCUCACGCCAUUUCGCCCAACAUAGGGAGAAUCCCCGAUGCGCACAACGAGGCCGACGGUGACGCGGCUUGGCCAGCCAAUCAGAACGCAGGAUACGGGGAUUCCCUAUCCUUCCGUGCGGAUGGAAUAGACGCGCACGUCAAACAACAGGUGAGGGAAAAAUUCUGGCGUGGCGAGUUUGUCGACCUCGGCACAAUCCUACCAAACACCUAGGGAAGUCACAAGGACGGUACGAUUACCAUGGCGUACGACUCCUCAGUAGGCACUCCGAGGUCCGCACAACCCAGGGGUUGCUGUCCUACAUGGAAACCAUAAGAACGGCGGCUCUUCGAUUCGGGUGGGAAGCCUGGUCAAUCUACGACCAACAAUUCCGACACAGAAUGUCAAGGGACCCCUCACGACGCUGGGACAACAUUGACGGGGAGUUGUGGCUGAAGUACAUGGUCACACAGCCGGUACGACAACCAGAAUCAGGCGGACGGGGCGCAAUGACACGCGUACAGGGGGACAUCGCUAGUCAGGUAUGCUGGGAUUUCAAUAAACUUGGUUGUAGCAGGGUCAACUGCAAGUACACUCACAAAUGCGGUAAGUGUGGCAAACAUUCCCACAGCUCUAGGACCUGCUUUCGAUGGGAAUGGGGUCCAACCGACCCCAUACAAGCCCAAUCAGCCUUUCCCUAACAGAAAACCAGCCGUCAAGGCAGGUAAUUUCAAUGGCCCCUUCCCCCGUGGAUCUCAAUGAAAUAGCACCCUGGUUACGCCAAUAUGCUAGGGUCAAUUACAGAGAUGCAAAUUAUUUAUGGGUAGGUUUUAGCUUUGGCUUUAAGCUCGAGUUCCAGGGCAGCUGCAUGGGUCGCCUGGCACGAAACUUGCGAUCAGCCACGCACCAAGACACGGCAUGCUACGUGAAACAAAAACUACAAAAGGAAGUCGACCUUGGCGGGAUGGUGGGCCCCUUCAAGGACACCCCCCUGGACAACCUCCAAGUAUCCCCAAUAGGCCUGGUGCCCAAGAAGCAGCCAGGCUAUGGUCAGCAUCUGGGUAAGCAUGCGGAGGAAUUCCGUCUAAUUCACCAUCUAUCCUAUCCCAGGGGUAAAUCUAUAAAUGACUUCAUAGACACAGAGGCCUGCUCCGUUGUGUAUGCCAGAUUUGAUGAAGCUACGCAUAUGGUUCAACAACUGGGAAAGGAAGCACUACUAGCAAAAUUCGACAUUCAGUCGGCCUUUAGAAUUAUACCAGUCCACCCAUCCGAUUUCGAGCUACUAGGCAUCAGAUUCGAAGGUGAGUUCUAUUUCGAUAAAUGCUUACCAUUUGGCUGCUCCAUAUCUUGCGUCAUAUUUGAAACGUUUAGUACCUUCUUGCAAUGGUGCAUGCAAUUACAUCUUCCAACGUGUCAGAUCAUGCAUUACCUGGAUGACUUCCUAACUGGGGGCACAGCAGGCACCAGCUACUGCUCAGACAACCUCAACGGAUGCGUGAAUACACUGGAACAGCUUGGGGUCCCUAUUGGGCACGACAAGACGGUGGGCCCCACGACCAAACUGACAUUCUUAGGGCUGGAAAUCGACACCAAUGCAAUGCAGAUCAGAAUCCCAGAGUCGAAGAUCAAGGAGGCGACAAGGGAAAUCCAAGACAUCCUGUCAACAGGUAACAUCAAGGUCACAAAAAGGGCCCUUCAGUCCCUCAUAGGCAAGCUUAACUUUAUGUGCAGGGCUAUACCAAUGGCAAGGGCAUUCAGCCGAAGGCUAAUCGAUCUGCUUAGCAAAGGUAAGCAACCAUUUCACCAUUAGGAUUACCAGCUGGGUCAAGGAAGACCUACAAAUGUGGUUAACAUUUCUUACGAGUUAUAACGGCAUUUCAGUGUUUCAGGACCAACUAUGGGUAGACAGCGAUUUCCUCCAGCUGUUUUCAGACGCAGCGGGUGGUGCCAGCUUUGGGGCCUACAUGCAGGGCAAAUGGUUUAACGGCGCAUGGCCAACCCAGUGGGUGACGGAUGGAACUACAUGGGACUUGACGCUCCUGGAGCUGUUCCCCAUCACACUGGCAAUCCAACUUUGGGGCAAGCAACUCGCAAACAAAAAGGUCCUCUUUUACUGCGACAACCAAGCCGUCUUAGCAAUAAUCAACAAACAGUCGACCAAGGCCCCCAGAGUGAUGAGCCUACUCCGUCGCCUAAUCCUGCAGUGCCUCCGAUAUAAUAUUAUGUUUAAGGCAAAGUAUGUAUGUUCCACUGCUAACACUAUUGCCGAUGCUCUCUCGAGGUUUCAGCUCAAAUGCUUCCGAGAGGGAGCACCAGCCGCGGACCAUAACCCCACACCUAUCCUGUGCAACAUAUGGCGGAUCUGAGGCAGGAAGCCGGCAGACUCCU